AUGGCGCUUGAAGCUUCUCUUGAAUCCACUCCGACUUGGGCUGUCGCUGGCGUUUGCUCCGUUUUGAUCUUCAUAGCCCUCCUUAUAGAACAUGCCCUCCAUCUACUAACCUCGUUCGUCAGAAGAAGAAAGAGAAAGACUCUUAACCAGGCUAUCUAUCAGAUAAAGGCAGAACUUAGGAACUUGGGGUUCAUGUCCUUGUUGCUGACGGUUGCUAAGCAACCCAUCUCAAAAAUCUGCAUACCGAGAAGUUUAGGGGACUCCCUUCUUCCAUGCAAAAAUGCCCCAGUUGAAGAGAUGGAUUCUUGUGAAAAAGAGGGGAAGGUUCCUCUUUUGUCUGCAGAAGCUACCCAACAGCUGCAGGUACUGAUCUUUGUGAUGGCUGUGCUCCAUGUCCUCUGCUGCCUUCUGACUUUGGGACUUGGAGAGGCCAAGAUGAAGAGAUGGGAAUCAUGGGAGGAAGAGACCCGAACUUUAGAGCAUCAGUUAUCUCAUGAUCCUCGAAGGUUCAAGCUUGCGAGGCAAACAUCAUUCGGGAAGCGGCAUCUGAAGUUCUGGAGCAAUCACCACUUGCUUCUUUGGCUCGCUUGCUUCAGAAGACAGUUCACCGAUUCAGUCUCGAGAGCUGACUACUUUGCUCUACGUCAGGGCUUCCUUAGGCUUCAUCUUACUCAGAACUGCAAUUUUGAUUUCCACAAAUUUCUUCAAAGAUCUCUCGAUCAAGACUUUGUGACGGCAGUCAGAAUCAGGUAUCCAUCCAAGAAAACUGAUUGGGUCUGGGCAUAUGUUAUCUUGAUCAUAUUUUUCAGUGCUCAUGGAUUUUACAACCAUUACUGGCUGCCCUUGAUCCCCUUGGUGGUGCUAUUGGGUAUUGGAACCAAGCUAGAGGUCAUCAUAACCAGAAUGUGUUUAGAAGGCAAAGAACAGGCAACUGUUGUUCCAGGGACUGUUGGCGUCGAGCCCAAAAAUGACUUAUUCUGGUUUGGAAAACCUCAAUUGCUUCUGCAUGCGAUCCAAUUUAUUCUUGUUCAGAACUCUUUUCAGCUUGCAUUCUUCGCUUGGACAUGGUACAAAUUCGGGCUCCGAUCUUGCUUCCACAAAGAAACAGCGGACAUCGUCCUGAGUUUUGGAAUCGGCAUCGUCGUUCAGUUCUUGUGUGCUUAUGUUACGUUACCUCUAUAUGCAUUGGUCACCCAGAUGGGUUCAUCAAUGAGAAAGACCAUAUUCACAGACACAGUCGUUCAGGGUUUGAGGAAUUGGCAUGAAUUAGCUAAGAAAAAUCUUUCGAUGAAGACAUCCAUACCUUCGAGUUCUUCGUUGCAGCCCUUACCAUGUCCCCAGAAAUCAGGUGUCUCACAAUUUAAGUAUCCAUCAGGAAGGAGGGAACUAUUGGAGAUCCAGAGAGUUGCAGAAGAGAUGAUUGAGUGCUGUGUUAACAAUGUGCCAUACGAUGGUGAGAUUUCUUUCAGGAUGUGGAGGAAGCAAGAAGUGAUUUCUCGACAAGGAGAGCGUCACUGACAAUGUUAUGAGUUUGGUAUUAACGAUGUAGAGAAUUCUAUUAAUUCAGCCAAUAUUUUUUCAUUGUUUUCAACAGAUGCAAUAAAUUCUUAAAAGAGAAGACUCGUGCAAUGGAAUUUCUCUUGUGAAUAUCUCCACAUGACAGCUUAGAAUCUGUGCCUGGCCUAUUGUGGACUUCUUUUGUAUAUUUCGAAAAAAAAGGGUAUAAAAUUGA